AUGUAGCGUAUUCUGUAAGGCAGUAGGAAGCAACAGCUAACAGACAGGCCAACAAAAGAGGCAGAUGGGGUAGAUGGGGACUGAGUCAUGAGGAUAAAGAUGGCACCGGAAUGAACGCAGAGAUGAAGAGGCUGUAUAAACGAUGCAGACCCCCUGACUGAAGAUUGUUCAUUCCGAUUCUGACUGCAGCGUACAGCUGCCUUAGCCCGGAGCCAUGAUAACUGUCACAGAGCUGAGGUUUUUGGCAGAUGCCCAGACAUCCUAUCACAUUCUAAAACCAUGGUGGGACGUGUUUUGGUAUUACAUCACUAUGGUCAUGUUGAUGAUUGCUGUGCUAGCAGGUGCUUUACAGCUCACGCAAAGCCGAAUGCUUUGUCUUCCCUGCAAAGCGGAAGUGAACAAUCAGUGUACACAUCCUCUAGAGCAAGUAAUCUCAAGAAUUCAUUUGACGGCUGGUUCCUACGGAAAAUUAAGUAACUCAACAGGAAUACAGACAGAUUUGGACCGCCAACAAUAUUCCUAUAUUGAUGCCGUGUGCUAUGAGAAACAGCUUCACUGGUUUACCAAAUUUUUCCCUUAUCUGGUGUUUCUUCAUACUAUUAUAUUUGCCAUCUGCAGCAAUUUCUGGCUUCACUACCCAAGCACAAGUUCCAGACUGGAACACUUUGUUUCCAUUCUUUAUAAAUGUUUUGAUUCCCCCUGGACAACCCGAGCUUUAUCAGAGACAGUUGCAGAACAAACUGUGAUUAAUCAGACGCGCAAAAGGUCACGCCACUUGACUUCCAUAUCUUCCAACGUCGAAGACACUGACACUGGGAAACAGCCUCUACAGGCAGGGGUUGAAGCUACUGCAGUUGAAGACGAUGUUUCAGGUGUGUUAGACAAAAAAAAUGGAGAACAAGCCAAAGCUUUAUUCGAAAAAGUUCGCCGGUUCCGCCUUCAUGUUGAGCAAAAAGACAUCAUCUAUAGGCUAUACCUGAAACAGAUUAUCGUUAAAGUUGUUGCACUACUUGUAAUUAUUACAUACGUUUCAUAUUUUUUGCUGCAUAUAACAUUUGAAAUUGACUGCGUAGUUGACAUUCAAGCUUUCACAGGGUACAGGAGAUAUCAAUGUGUUUAUUCCCUUGCUGCAAUUUUUAAGGUUUUGGCGACAUUUUAUGUCCUUCUUGUGUUUUUGUAUGGGUUUGCUUGUUUUUAUAGUCUGUGGUGGAUGCUUAGAAGUUCAUUGAAACAAUAUUCCUUUGAAGCCGUCAGGGAAAAGAGUAAUUACAGCGAUAUCCCAGAUGUCCAAAAUGACUUUGCGUUUAUGCUCCACUUAGCUGACCAGUAUGAUCCACUGUACGCCAAGCGUUUCUCAAUAUUUUUGUCUGAGGUUAGUGAGAACAAACUGAAACAAAUUAACCUAAACAAUGAAUGGACUGUGGAAAUGGUGCGAAAUAAGCUGACCCGAAAUUCAAAGGACAAAUUAGAACUUCAUCUUUUCAUGUUGAGUGGGUUGCCAGACAAUAUCUUUGAACUCAAUGAAAUAGAAGUUCUGAAGUUAGAACUCAUACCAGAUGCCAAACUUACACCAAUGAUCACACAAAUGGUCACCCUGAAGGAACUUCAUAUUUACCACUCAACUCUUACUGUGGAUCUACAAGCUCUGAGCUUUCUAGCAGAGAACCUCGAGUCCCUACAUCUGAAGUUUACUUCCUUUGAGAAGGUUCCAUCUUGGAUUUUUCAUUUGAAAAACCUGAAAGAACUCUAUUUUGCAGGACCUCUCGAUAAUCACAACUUUUCACAGAUUGAAGGUCUUCAGGACCUGAAGAACCUGACAAAUCUUUCCUUGAGGAGUAGCAUUCCACGGAUUCCUCUUGUAGUUACUGACAUGUUGCCAUUUCUGGAAAAGCUUACCAUUAAUAAUGAAGGAAAUAGGUUGUUGAUAUUAAUAAGUCUGAAAAAGAUGGUUAACCUUACCAGCUUAGAACUAAUUAACUGUGACCUAGAACGAAUUCCACAUUCCAUUUUUAGUCUAACUGAACUGCGAGAAAUUGACUUUAGAGGAAAUAACUUUAAGACCGUUGAGGAAAUUAUUAGCUUUCAGCAUCUACAAAAACUGACUUGCCUAAAGUUGUGGCACAACUCCAUUGCUUACAUUCCACUUCAGAUUGGUGCACUAUCCAGCUUAGAGCAGCUGUACUUCAACAACAACAAUAUUGAAAUGGUUCCGCUUCAACUCUUUUUGUGCAAUAAGCUGCGAGUUCUGGACCUCAGUUACAACAAUUUAAGUUUCAUCCCUGAGGAAAUCCAGCAUUUAAAGAAUCUCCAGUAUUUUGCUGUAACAAAAAAUAACAUUGAAACAUUGCCAGAUGGGCUGUUUAAGUGUAGCAAGCUUCAGUAUGUGUUGCUGGGACAAAACAGCUUGACCAGCCUUUCUCCACAAGUUGGUGACCUGACAAACCUUAUUAAGAUAGAGCUGAUAGGAAACCAAAUUGAAACUCUUCCUCCUGAACUUGAGUCCUGCCAGUCUUUGAAACCAGGCUUCAUCGUUGUGGAACCCAUUGUCUUGCAUACCCUCCCCAUAUAUGCAAAGGAGAAUUACAAAUCUUCUCAUAGAUAAGAAUUUUGAAGAUGAAGGAUUGAAGAUAAGUAUACCAUUUGGCAGUAUAUACGAAUCGGAUGGAACGGUUCUUCCUUAAGACUGUAAAGAUCAGGAAAACAAGACAUGAACUCAACUCUUACUGUGGAUUUACAAGCCCUGAAACUUCCACCUGAGAACCAUAAAAACUUUACAUCUGAAUAUAACUUCAUUUGAGAAAUUUGGGAUUUUCCAUUUGAAGAACAUGAAAUAACCGUAUUUGACAAGAUCUCUUGAUAACCACAACUUCGCACAUAUGGAAGAUCUUCGGAAACCAUACUUGAAGUGACUUUUUUUUUUUGUAUUCCUCCUGUGAUUUUUGAUGUAUUUCUUUUUUGGAGUGGUUUACCUUUAAAAGUGAAAAAAAAUAAAAUAGGUUGCAGAUACGAAGUCUGAAAAUGAUGACAAUCCUCAUUAUCUUAGACUUAAUCAACUGUGACCUUGAACAAAUUCCACAUUUUAUUUUUAGGCUAACUAAAAUGCAGAUGAUUGACUUUGAAGGAAACAACUUUAAGACUGUUAAGGACCAGGUUUUCAGAAUUUUGCAAAAAACUGUUUUGGCACAACUCCAGCACCGACAUUACUCUUCCAUUUGGAGCACAUGUCAUUCUAAAGUGGUAAUACUUAAACCAUAACAGUAUUGAAAUCAUCUCGUUGCCUUUUUUUUUUCUUCAACCAACAUGCUAUGGGUCGUGGACUUCAGUUACAGCAGUUUAUUUUUAAUCCCUGGGGAAUCCAACAUUUUAACCAGUCCCUAGUAUUUUGUUGUGACAAAAAUAUUAUAAGUAUUCUUUGUACGUAGACAUUUGUAAAUGGUGACUGUGACUUCAAUAUAUUGGAAUGAAGUAGUUUAAUACACUUGGCCUACAGUGAUACUAAUAUUAUAAGAUGAACUGAGCUAACUUCUGGAAACCUGUAGAAAAGUAUCUGUGUUGUCCAUACCAAUGUAUCAAGACCAAUUCAUCAUUUGUAUGUACAAGUUAGAAAAGAAUCACAGAUAUCUGAUUGGUUGCUAAGGACAAUAUUGACACUUUUUCUUUUUUUCUUUCGUUUUUAUAAAUCUAACUUCUUAUAAUGAAAUACUGUAUCACUGGCUAAUUGGGCAUUAUCUAAGAAAAAAGAAAAAUCGCUUAAAUAAUAAAAAAAAAUUAGCCUGGUGGUGAUACCAAAACCCACUAGGAAAUACCUGAAGGCUGUA